AUUACAAGAAAAUUGGAAAAUCACAUGAUGAAUUGAAAUCACUGCCGAUUUCAACUACACACGUGAGAGAAUUGGCAGGUGCAAGUGACGCCAUGUGACAUAGAAUUCGCCAGAACACACUUGUUUUCUGAUAAGCCUUUCAGGUCAUUAAACUCCCGGAUUUAGAAUUUUUCAUAUCUGUUCAUAGUGCAGAAACUGGAGAAAGUUACAAAAGAUUUUAAAGCACUUUAUGCUCAAUUUCUGAAACAGUUCUACGUGUAACCAUUUUUAAGCAACUUUGAAACUAUGAAAUCAAAAUAUGAUAGAAUGUACUUGUGUUUAUCAGCUAAGUUAUGAAAAAGUUGAAGAAUUCUGCCAAGUGGUACCUGCAACAAUUAAUAUAGUUACUAUAAAAUGUUAUGAAUGUUAAGUUAUGCUAUUUGGUGUAUAGAGGUUUGAAGUUGCUACUCCGAGUUUCUUGAAUGUUAAGAUACUUUCCCUUGGACCUUUCUUCCCCGACCAUUCCUUUAGUGCCAAAAGUCUUCGCCUUUCAUAAUCUGUCUCAAUUUUCUUUUCUUGUAAAAUUUCUUAGAACAAGUAGUGUCUACCAUAUUAACGGGCAGUACACGUGAAUCUUUCUCGUACCUUUUAGCUUCUAACUUUCCUUGUACUUGGCACCUGGGUUAUUGAUUUCUGCUAAGCUCUGCAUGUUAUGGAUUUUCAGACUUAAGAAGACAUUAAUUCCAUUUUUAGCCAUUUCAUAAAACUGUCAGAUUUUGCAGUAUGACAGGUUAAUCGAGUCACUUAUGAUUAUUUCAAAGUCAAAAUUAGACUUUUUUUAGUAUAUGUUGAUAGAUUUUGAACAGCAUACAAAAAAUGAAUCCGAACGACUUUACUUUAAACAAUGAAUGACCAAUGAUCUUAUAAGGUCACCUUGAUCAGGGGUUGAAGAAAAUUUACGAAGGAGCACUAAUCUUUCAUCAGUUAUAAUAGAAUGAUCGUAUCUGUGGUAGACGCGUCCUUUAUAACAUCUACUUGAAUAAAAAAAGAAUACUGAUUUCCAUUUGUUGCUCGUACACCAAAUUGCGAUCAAAAACAGACCUCGAUCAUUCUGGAAGACAUAGCAUAACUCUAACGUGAUAUUUACGUCCUGGGAAACUGGAAAAGAUGUUGAAUUUGCAAGAUAGAGAGUCCUAAAAUUGGCGGCGAAACUGUAGCUGAUAUCCUUUUAAGUCCACCUGAUUCUCACCUAGUGAAUUAAAGCUACUUGCUUUUAUCAGAAAUUGCAAAUUUCCUUGUCAAAUGAACCCUUUCGUGUUUCUACAAUGCCAAGAGAAGAUAAGACCGGAAAUUUUUUUUGUAGUUUCGAAGAAACAGCAUAUUUGUAGCUACAUACUGCUUUCUUGUAGGCAGACGCGUUAAAAUGCUUAGCGUUUCUGUACAAGAGACACUUUCAGGUCAGAGCGCGUAACAUAAAUAUAAUCCAUUCGUUAGGUUGCAUGUAGCAGUGGUAUCCUCUCGACCUUCCUUAAGAUCAUUGUCAUAUAAAGUAAGUCUGUUUCUUAGCUAAAUACGAUUUCUUUUAGAAGUGAGUUCAUAGCCUCAGGCUUUAUAACUAUGAGAAUUUUCGUACUACGCGCAGAACUUUCACCUGAGAAGCAUUAACUACCCAGGAUACUUUACCAUCAAUCCGUACAAUUGAUGCUUUAGACUUACAACACAGAGCGAAGAAGACUUCUAAACGCAAGGAAAAUAUCAAAAUACACAAGUACAGGCUUAUCGUGUUUUCAUUUGCUCGUUCACAAAAAGCAAGAAUGAGCCUAUUUUGUUGUCAGAUUUCCUUCACGGCAAAUGAUUUACGUAUGAAAAGCUAAGCUGAUGCGUCUUUUAGUUCGUCUUUUAAUUAUUCAUGCCUCUGUCAGCUAAAGCACAUAUCUAGGAAGAUAUUUUGCAAGCAGACAGAAACAGUUCUUCUAUUGUAAGGGAUACAUGCAGGUUUCAUGAAAAAUCUCUCAAAAGCAAAGAAGGCAGUAGAUGUGAUUUCUUCACAACCAACAUCAAAAAACAGCAACAACGGUUGUCAUCGAAACGAUAGAUUAAACGGCAGAGUUACAGCUUAAAGAGACCUUGUCACAGACUUUGUAUUCAAAGCAACUGACUUCUAAAACAUAAAAGGUCUUAUAAUGAACCUGCACUGGCUUAUAUAUGGUUUAAUACACAUCUCUGUGUUUGGAAACACCCUAGCUUACAUUGUAAAAUGGAACAAGGACGCGUCGCUUGACAGUAAGGAAGGAGAACUUAAAAUUCAACACGAUCUUGUAGCAGUUGGCAACAAUGGCAUGAACAGUUCAGUGUUUAGGAAACAUUUCGAAAAAUUCGCGAAGUAUUCCCUAGAUGAGAAAUGCCGCUUGGGAUUGGACCUGUCUGUUGCUUUUCAAGUUUACACUCCGUAUAUUGACAUAAGAGAUCAUUCCAAGUACCUCAUUCUAUCCGGAAUUCUCCCUGCAAUUAUGUCCGAUAUUCUGAAAUUCUGUUGCAACAAAAGCACUGUUACGUUUGGUGAAUGGUACAAAUCCAUACCUCAAGCAGAAGAACGGUACGAAGAAGACAAACACCUUGACUUUACAUUUCCACUUUAUGGGCUUGACGGACCAAAUACAAAUUUGUAUAAAGAAAACCCUUUUAUUCCACUGGUUGAGGCUCCAAGAAUGGUUCUCCUUGUCCCUGAGCAGCUCUUUGAGACAAAGAACACCAGAACACAUGUAUUGCUGAAGACUAUUCUGAACUCUUGGCCAAUGUUGGUGUUCAUUGCUGUGUCGGCAUCUUUAUCAGGCCUCAUCAUCUGGUUCCUGGAUCGCAACAAGAACCCUGGAGAAUUCCCUCCUUCAUUCUUCGUUGGUGCCUGGGAAGGAUUUUGGUGGGCAUUUGUUACUAUGACAACUGUCGGGUAUGGGGAUCGAUCUCCAAAGUCAAUCAUGGCUCGUAUCUUCUGUAUUCUGUGGAUUUUGUGUGGCAUAAUAUUGAUAUCCUUGUUCACCGGAUUGGUUACCGCGGCUCUCUCCGUUAGUGCUACACCAGUUUUCAAUUUGCCAGGUGCACGGAUUGGUGCAGUGAGUGGUAGCAAAGAGUUUCAAGUUGGCGUUGGAUUAAAUGCAGACAUGCAAUCAUACGAAAAUCACCAUUCCUUGUUUGAUGAUUUGGAAAACAACAAGUUAGAUGGAGCAAUAAUAGACAACUUUAUACUGUCUGCCAUACGGCAUAAGUUCCAGGAAACCAAGCUGCGAAUCGAACGGGAAAUUCCGUACUCGAUCACGUAUGGAACAGCAAUCCGAUCUAAUUCACCGAACGUGGAAAAAUGUUUUCGAAAAUAUGUCCACCACUAUCCAAGGAAGAUGUUUGAAGUGAUUUCUAAUGUUCUCAAGCCUGUUAAGAAUCCAACUGACGAAACUAGGGUAGAAGUACUGGCUGCAGAGAAAUUAUUCUAUGAAGAAAAUAAGUUUAAACUUGUUGUGUACGUGCAAACGGGAUGCCUGGGAAUAUUUGUCGUUGGAGGAAUCAUAUGGGAGUUUUUUGUUCGAAAUAGUCCUACAGGUAAAUACGGGAUAUUCCAUGCAACAGCAAGAAAGGCUAGAGAAGAAAAUGAUGAAAAUCCUAUAAUACAAUCAAGAAAGUAUCAAGAAGUCACGAAUAUGCCCGAGUUAGAGAAUCUUAUUGAUGAAUACGAGACAUUCCAUGGCAAAUGGAUGGCAAAGGUUCAGCAGCUCCGAGCUGAUUGGUUUCUUUUAAAGAGCAGAAACGGUAAUAGCAACAAAAGUAUUGAGGUUGUUGAAGAAUCUGUUUAGGCCUUAAGACGUGUGUCUGCUUACGUCAUUCUUUGUACUUUUAAAUGUUCUAUCGCCAUUAUCGGGGGGGUUAUAAAGGCGUCAUUAAUAUUCUAACCAGCUGACAGAAGGCUACAAAAAUUGACCUGGAAAAUAUUGGCCUCUUUUUUCGAUAAAUCCAAAAUAGCUUUAAGUUUUGAGUGAUGUUGAUGUUCUCUAUUGUGACAUUAGUGCAAUGCAAAAGUCCUAAUCGCAGCACAUUUGAAUUCGAUGAAAACCGAUGCUAUCACUACGCAUAUCUAAUACCAAACGCAUAUCAUGCUUGAAAAGAUAACACAGCAAGAAUCUCUUUUUAGAAAUUUUAGAGAGAAAUUUUAGAGAUAUUCUGGCCAAACAGCUACCUUCUCUAAUCUCUAUUUGUUAUUAUGGUAUAGAUAUUCAUCAAGAGAGAAUCUUGAAGAAUUCUCUUUUUUGGUAUGUUCGAUUGAAAUUCACAAACGGAAUUACCAUACAUUUCAGACUUUGAUUUUGCGUGCCUUGCAUUUGACGGAGUGAAUUAAUUCUCUGUAAAUAUUGUGACCUGAUGUAGUUAGGGCUUAGCCUUUGUGUUAUAAUGUAUAUUAAUUUGUUCUAUCUCUCUCAUGUGAAACUCGGUGUUCUAAUUGAAUUAAAAUGCAUUUAAAAGCUCAAUGAAAAACAUUUGAAUGCUUGAGAAGAAUGGCAUAACAAGAGCUUGAUCUAUUUCCGAGAAGAGCUUGUUUUCACAGUGUUUUAUCGUACACACUGGCACAGUGAGGCGGGGAAGUAGGGCGUAACAGCCCUCUUUCAGUCAUCAAAGUUUUGGCGUUUGAGGAAGGCUAAAUCACUUAUAAUUCAAAGCAAAACCAAAGCAUGGUUUACUUCAAGUUAGUUUCCAUAAAGAGUCACGUAGCAACACUCCGUUAAGGUAUAGCAAAAUUUCUCGGGGAGACUCGACUAGGUCUCUACCAUUUGCUUUCCCCCUCUCAUUUUGCCACAUUGGCCCACCACUGUUUAAAUUAAAGCAAGCUCAAAUACGUAUUCAAGAAGAUGUUGUGCUCUGUCAAUUACUGUCACGUAUUGGAAAAGAUCUUGUGCAGCAUUUUAAAAACGUUUAGAUCACUUGUAAAUAGUAUUAGGAGUUUUUGCACAAUAAGAGGCUUUUUAACAAUGUUUUAGUUCUAGUUGUAGUUUGUAACUCAUAGGCUUCGUGGUAAUACAUUGACUUUUAAUGUGUUAAAUGCUUAACAUUUUCGAAAAAAUUCUUACCAUUCUGUUAACAUUCUAA